AGCAAUGUUGUGAAACAUGUUUAGUUUAUAUCAGGGUCCACCGAUGCUGGUGGUGCUGCGGUCCGGUAAAAUAGUUCAACCGGAGCUGUGACUUGACGAAGAUUGGGAUUGUUGGCAGGAAAGAAACGGCUUUGUCCUUUGCAAAUGGAUCAAUUCGACGUCAAUUCUCAGGACGAUUUCACGUACUUGGAGUAUUCAGCUGAUACACAAUCCUCGCAAUACGAUUAUAACGAUUUUACGCAGCCAAGCAACGAUCAUCAUGAUCCGGACCUUUCACUUGCUUCCUUGUCUUUAGGUGACCACAACAACAAUAACGGAGCUACUCAAUCGACGAUAACUAGCAUUAGUGCUACAACUCCAAAGAUAUCGGCGGCGGCAGCUUCUGCGGCUACAACAGACAAAACUGCUGCCGUCACUCGAUCCAAUGGAACGUCAUUUGUGAACGAUUUCCAGUUCGAAGAAACAGACGAUUUCGACAACUUUGAUAAUGUUACGGGUGAACCCGACGAGCGCGAUCUUCCAGAACAUGCUUGUAAUUAUUGCGGUAUCCAUUCGCCUGCUUCUGUGGUAAAGUGUGUUGCUUGCAGUCGUUGGUUCUGUAACUCGCGUGGCAAUACCUCUGGAUCGCACAUCAUCAAUCACUUGGUCCGUGCUAAACACAAAGAAGUCAUGCUGCAUCCUGAAUCGCCUUUGGGAGAGACCGUGUUGGAGUGUUACAACUGUGGCUGUCGCAAUGUAUUCUUGCUUGGAUUUAUUCCAGCGAAAAGUGAUACAGUCGUUGUUCUUCUUUGCAGACAACCAUGUGCAGCAGUGCCUUCUUCCAAAGAUAUGAACUGGGAUACGUCUCAGUGGAUGCCCUUGAUCGAUGAUCGUUGCUUCCUUACUUGGCUCGUCAAGAUUCCAUCGGAGCAAGAACAGCUUCGUGCACGUCAGAUCACGUCUCAGCAGAUCAACAAGUUGGAAGAGCUGUGGAAAGAAAACAGUGAAGCGACAUUGGAGGAUCUGGAGAAACCCGGUGUGGAUGAUGAGCCCCAUCCUGUCUUGUUGAGAUAUGAAGAUGCUUAUCAGUACCAGAACAUUCUGGGACCAUUGGUCAAGAUGGAAGCCGACUAUGACAAAAAGUUAAAGGAAUCUCAGACAUGUGACGAUAUCAUUGUACGAUGGGAUGUUGGUUUGAACCAAAAAAAUAUUGCAUGGUUCUACUUUCCCAAGCUGGAAAUGGGUGAAGUCAAACUGGCCGUGGGUGAUGAGUUACGUUUGAGAUAUCGUGGCGAGCUCCAUGAAGCAUGGGAAGCUGCCGGUCAUGUUAUCAAGAUCCCCAACAAUGUCAGUGAUGAAGUUGCUUUGGAACUACGUCGUACGGACAAGGUCCCUGUGGAAUGCACACAUAACUUUUCGGUCGACUUUGUCUGGAAAUCAACCAGCUUCGAUCGUAUGCAACUUGCUAUGAAGACGUUUGCUGUGGACGAGACGAGUGUCAGUGGUUACAUUUAUCACCGACUUCUUGGUCAUGAUGUUGAACCCCAGGUGCUCAAGACACAGAUGCCAAAAAGCAACAAUUCUAUGCUGUCAAAUCCGUCCUUCAAAAGCCGCUUAGUUUGAUCCAAGGUCCUCCCGGUACUGGUAAAACCGUGACUUCCGCAUCGAUCGUGUACCAUUUGGCCAAGAUGAAUCCCGGUCAAGUCCUGGUCUGUGCGCCAUCCAAUGUUGCUGUCGACCAACUCGCCGAGAAAAUCCACCAGACCGGUCUGAAGGUUGUUCGCCUGAC